CGAGGCUCCGCGCUGGAUCUCUCUGUGCUCAUAUUCUGUAUCUGAAAACUCAAUACGGUUGACAGCAGCCUUUUGGGAUGGAAGGCACAGGCAGCGGCUGGGCAGCAGAGCUCACCCCUCCCUGUGUGAUGCAUGCUGGGACUGGGAAUGACACGGGUCAGGUCUUUGAGGUGGCGCUGCAGAACGGCUCGUCCAAGCGCAGCCACGGGUUUGUGGGAGUGGAGCUGCUGCAGUCCUUCAAGCUGCUCAUCAUCCCCUGCUACACUCUGGUGGCUCUGGUGGGCGUCUUCGGAAACUACCUGCUCCUCUACGUCAUCUGCCGCACGCGCAAGAUGCACAACGUCACCAACUUCUUCAUUGGAAACCUGGCCUUCUCUGACAUGCUGAUGUGUGCCACGUGUGUCCCCUUCACUCUGGCCUACGCCUUCAACCCACACGGCUGGGUGUUUGGCCGCUUCAUGUGCUACCUAGUGUACCUCAUCCAGCCUGUGACGGUGUACGUGUCCGUCUUCACUCUCACUGCCAUUGGUGUGGACAGAUACUACGCCACAGUUCAUCCUCUGAAGAAGCGCAUCUCAGUGGUGGCGUGCACCUACCUGCUGUCGGGGAUCUGGCUGCUGUCCUGCACUCUGGUGGCUCCAGCUGUGGCCCACACCUACCAUGUGGAGUUUAAGGACGAGGGCUUCAGCAUCUGCGAGGAGUUCUGGAUCGGCAAGCAGAACGAGCGUCUGGCCUACGCAUACAGCACCCUCUUCAUCACCUACGUCCUGCCUCUGUCCGCGCUCUGCAUCUCGUACCUGUGCAUCUCGGUCAAACUGAGGAAUUGUGUCGUGCCCGGCCACCACACCCAGAGCCAGGCUGAGGCUCAGCGGGUGCGCAAACGCAAGACCUUUCGGCUGGUGAGCCUGGUGGUGGCGGCCUUCGGCGUCUGCUGGAUGCCGAUCAGUGUGUUCAACGUGCUGCGGGACAUUGACAUUGACCUGAUCGAUAAGCGCUACUUCCUGCUCAUUCAGCUGCUCUGUCACCUGUGUGCCAUGAGCUCCUCCUGCUGUAACCCCUUCCUCUACGCCUGGCUGCACGACCGCUUCCGUGCUGAGCUCCGCAAAAUGUUCAAGUGCCGCAGUCGCAUCGGCAUCUCGGCUAACAACUGCGCCACAGCUAGUGUGGUUUUGUGAAGCUUUGUUCAUUCCUGACUUCUUCACUGUAUGUUCAAGUGUAUUGGGUAUAUUCAAUUCAUUUUAGUGACAUUUGGCAAACUCGCAUUAAAAUAGUAAGUAUCUUUUGUUUUAAUAUUAGAUGUUGGGCUGCAAGUGGUCUGGCAAGCAGGGAACCUAACUGCAGACUUGUGAUAGUGAUCCAGCUUUGUUCCAAGGAAAGCGCACCAUAAUUCAGUGGCCCAGUAUCAACUUCGCUUAAGAGAAAUCCACCAAUUUAGCUUUACACUUAAGAAACAUUGUCAUACUCACCAUAGACCAGUAGACAAAAACAUGGAUCAUAAUCAAUGCACCAAAACCAGAGAUAUUCUCUUUGUUUCCCAUACAUUCCUACAUUACCCACAAUGCAGCUUGAACGCUG